AUGGCUCUCCUCGGGGGCGCUGCUUUUGUUACAGUUUUUCUAACAUCACUUGCCGUCUUUUCAGGCUAUGAGUGGAAUCACUCCGGCUCGUCGCCGCUUCGCUCCUCCCCUGAUACAACGUCAUCGAUGUACCCCGAUAGACCAAUCCGUCCUCUACCUAAACGCCGUCUUCGAACCCGAUUAUCUCCAGAACAAGUCGAGACGAUCACAUACCCUCCCGCACCGCCAUCCACAGGCCCGCUGUUCAGCUUUCCAUACCCAGAAACCAGGGGAGGUGCUCGCGUGGGACAGCGAAGGGGAGAAAGUGAUCAUCACUCGUGCCAUUGCGGUCACAAUCAUUCCGAGUUAGAAAGCGAAGACGAGGAGGAUGAACGUGGGGCUCCUUUACCAUCCUCGCCAAGCUAUCACUAUAGCCGAGCCUCGCAAGGAAAGCCUACCCCCACCGUAAACACAUAUCCAAAGCCUGUCUCAGCUGCGUCCUCGGUUGACGGGUAUGAGUCAUUCGAGAAUACAAACAACAAGAAGAAGCGGAAGAUCCCAAAUAUGGGUAGCUCAAGCACCCACCAUAGCAAUCUGUCCACAGAUAUGGCUGGAAUGGGCAUAUCCCAUGCUCACGAGUCUGUGGCUCCGGAUGAUAUUGAUGGACCUGGACGUUACUACGGUUCUGCUCCGUCUACGCCUCAGCAUAACAGUUCCGGUACAGGCAUCUCAGGUGCGGGCAGAGGCCGAUUUGGACGAUCCGCGUCUGGAAGAUCGGAGCGACGUGUAUUGGGCAACUCUACCAACAUUGCCAAUGCUAAAGCGAGUAACAAACGACCCCCAGAUCAAGGCGGCAUCAUCAGCACAGCAAUCGCGAACGCCCAAGCCACGCCCCCACAAACAUACGCCGGUAACGAGAACGUGAGUCUUCUGCAAAAGGAAGCAUCGAAGACUAGUGCAAAGCAGACUCAGUUCACUUUUACCUGCGGGUCCGACUCAGCAAAUAAGAUGGUUUGGCCCGGCCAACAGAACGGAGUCUUUUCUACCCAUACCGAGUUUACUACCCAUCCCGGAGAAUACCCUCCUGGUCAUUUGCCGCCAGGCGUAAAGGUCGGGGGCAUACGUACUUCGCGCUCCGAUGUCCCGGCUGUGACAACACAUGGAACGCAGACAAGCCCUAAUAUGAAUGGUACACAUUAUCCUCCUGGAGCAAAGAACUCUUUACAACAGAAAGGUGGCCACCCUACCCAACAACAACCCCCACCUCCGAAGCCCCGCCGGAGUGCAUCCAAGCUUUACGCUUAUGCAGCUCGUAAACGUCGCAUUCAGCAAGAAUACGCCAACUUUCACAACCCUCCUAAUCCAGCCUGGAUUUGCGAGUUCUGUGAAUAUGAGGAUAUAUUUGGGACUCCGCCGGUCGCUUUGAUACGCCAGUAUGAGAUGAAGGAUAGGAAGGAAAGAAAGCGGUUGGCCGAGAAACGAAGACUCCUAGAAAAGGCGCGAAUGAAGGGACGUAAAGGCAAGAAGGCAAGCAAAAAAUCUCAAAACAAUGCAAACAACGCUCAACACCAUCAAAACCCACCCCCAGGAGAUUAUGACCGACACCCAGAUGACGGUCUACUCGAGGUGCAGGAUGACGAAUAUGACGACGAGGACUUCGACAAACUCGACAAAUUCCACCAAUUACCGCCUCAAUCGUGCGACCAUCCCGGCUGUCAUCACCACAAUCACCCAAAGCCUCCUAUUCCAGUCUCCGGUGAUCACCGCGGAGGCGGAACGGGACGAUCGAAUGGUGCAUAG